CAACCGCUGUCCAUCACUCUCCAGGUCUUGAGAACCUCAGUCGCCGUUUAAUAUCCCGCAAAAACCGCACCACAGCCCUAUCACGACUUCACGAUGGCGGACGCUUCCGCGCAACCCAAGCCCAGCAGCAGCGUCAAGCUCGUGCUGCUAGGAGAAGCAGCCGUUGGAAAGUCAUCUCUCGUUAUGCGCUUUGUCAACAACGACUUCCAAGAGAACAAAGAGCCUACUAUCGGAGCCGCAUUCUUGACACAGAAAUGUAACCUACCAACCCGAACCAUCAAGUUUGAGAUCUGGGAUACUGCAGGCCAAGAACGCUUUGCCUCGCUCGCGCCCAUGUACUACCGCAACGCCCAAGCCGCCCUCGUCGUCUAUGACAUCACAAAGCCCUCUUCCCUCACAAAAGCCCAGCACUGGGUCGCCGAACUGCACCGCCAAGCCUCCCCAGGCAUCGUCAUCGCGCUCGUAGGAAACAAGUUCGAUCUGGCGACCGCCGCGGACGAAGAGAACCCAGAAGACGCAGAUGCUGCCCCCGCAGCUGAGGGCGAGGACGAGCCAACAGAGGAUGGAGCCGACUCAAGGAGAGUACCUAGCAAGACUGCAAAGGCAUACGCAGACGAGGAGAGCCUGCUGUUCUUCGAGACGAGUGCCAAGACAGGGCAUAACGUCGCCGAGGUCUUCACUGCCAUCGCAAAUGCUAUUCCUGAGACGAGCUUGAAGGGGCCUCGUGGUGUGGGUGGACAGACAAGCUUGAACAGGCAAGAGGAUGCGCGGGUAAACCUGGGCAGCGCGCGGACGGAGGGUCCCAAGGAGGGUUGCGCAUGCUGAAGAGGUGCAUGCGGAAUAUGGCGUCGCCUGGCUGUGGUUGUGUUACGUGCUGAUGGUGGA